CCCGCGGCGUGGCAGCUCUCGACCGCGUGCGCGGCCUGCCGCGCGCCCUUCGGCCCGGCGCUCCACCGGCACCACUGCCGGCUCUGCGGCCGCUCCGUCUGCCGGCGCCACGGGGGGCGCUUCCGGCCCCUGCCGAGCCUCGCGGCGCACCUCGGCGCCGCGGCGCAGCGCGUCUGCGACGAGUGC